UUUAAGGAAAUGUCUUUAUUUCAGGUGAUUUUGCAAUGUUAUUGAGAGCUGGUAUGUCACCAAAGCAAGCUAUUAUUUACAACUGUCUCUCAUCAAUCUUGUGUUUUGUUGGUAUGUUGAUUGGUGUGGCUGUUGGUAACCAAGAAGGAGCCACUCUAUGGGUAUUCACUUUGGUUGGAGGAAUGUUCCUAUACAUUGCUCUUGUGGAUAUGUUACCAGAGUUGUCGUCAGUGGACACAAAGAAGGGAGAGCAUCCAUUAUGUCAUCUUCUUCUACAGGGCGUAGGCAUGUGUACUGGAGCAGGGAUUAUGCUGACUAUAGCUCUCUUUGAGGAAGAUCUUCUGACAAUAAUGGAUUAAGUGAUGUAAACAAAACUACAACAUUCCAUAAUGUAAAAACUGACAUCAUGUUAUUGAAUCUCAAAAGAAAGUAGUGAACUCUUUUUUUUUUGCUGCAAUUAGUUGAAAUAAAUUAAUUUAUUAAUUAUCCUUAUAAAGGACCUUAAAAUGAACAAUAAAGUUAAA